AUGACCAUUCAACAAAAGCAAUUAGAGACCUGGGAAAUCAAAGCAGCGAUUCCAAGGGCAAUUCGCGAUGCUUCCCUAGCCAAAGUAACGCCCCCUUUGGCUGGACUCCCUGAUACUUUACCACAGAAUUCCCAAAACCUUCCAAAACAGAUUCUCACGCCUAGAGAAUUCGACCUCACGGAAAACUACUCGGUUACUGAACUGCUUGCCAAAUUACACAGCAAGGAACUCUCGUCUGAAGAGCUCACAAGAGCUUUCCUCCGCCGCGCCGCCGUGGCGCAGAGCGCGACCAAUUGCCUGACAGACCUGCUCUGGGAUGGCGCGAUCGAAAGAGCACGAUAUCUUGAUUCACUUCCCGCUCCAUUGGGACCUCUUCAUGGCCUGCCCAUAUCAACAAAGGAGCACCAUGGCGCGAAAGGUGGCAAUGAAACGGCCAAUGCAUCUUACGUUGCAUAUAUUGGGAAGUUCCAAGGGUCCACCGUUUCCCUCGAUACUCUCUGGGAUGCUGGCUGUGUAUUCUUCGCCCGGACAACGCAGCCUCAAACAAUCAUGCACCUCGAAACAGAAAGCAAUAUUUAUGGUCGGACCGUGAACCCAUACAACAGGCUGUUGACAUCGGGUGGAAGUAGUGGGGGAGAAAGCGCCUUGAUUGGCAUGAGGGGCAGUGUCUUGGGUGUCGGUGGUGAUAUUGGUGGCAGCAUCAGAUGCCCAGCUGCUCACUGUGGAAUAUACGGAUUCAAGCCUUCAGCUCACAGGUUGCCAAUCGCGGGUGGAACUGCUCAUAUGGCUGGAAGAGAAAGUAUUCUUUCCACUAAUGGGCCCAUGGCAGCUGAUCGGGAUUCUCUGGAAUUGUUCAUGAAAGUGAUGUUGGAUGCAGAACCUUGGAAACUAGAGCCAUCAAUUAGAGUGGCUCCUUGGACGCCAUAUGAGUUUACUCGGCCAUUGAAGGUUGCCGUGCAAUGGUGGGAUGGUGUUGUGAAACCUCAUCCACCCAUGAUCCGCGCGCUUCGUGAAGUUUCUGAGGCAUGCAAAAAGGCAGGAAUGACCGUCGUCGACUGGGAAUGCGAAUCAUUGGAUCACAAAAAGGGGUGGGAGAUACUGUCCAGUCUGUACUGGCCAGAUGGUGGAAAGGAGGUCCUUGGUUUGCUGGAGUCAGCUGGAGAGCCCAUCUUGCCUUUGACGAAGUUUAUAAUCAAAGAGCAGCCAACUGUCAAAGAGUUGACAGUCACCGAGAUGUUCAAGUUAUGCGCUGAGCGAGAUGCUUAUCGUACUUCCUAUGCCCGUCACUGGACUAGCACUGGCAAAAAAGAUGGACAUGAAGUCGACAUAAUUCUUUGUCCUCCUUCCUUUGGUGCUGCCACGCCCCACGAGCAGUCGCGCUACUGGGGUUAUACCUCGAUCUGGAACCUAUUGGAUUACCCAGGCGUUGUUUUCCCUGUCACUACAGUCGACAAAGAGAAAGACUGCAAAGAAUCCGAUUAUCAGCCAAAGAACGAGGAAGAUAAAUUCGUAUAUGACUUGUACGAGCCGGAUCUGUACGAUGGCUGUCCGAUCAGUCUGCAGAUCAUUGGACGCAGACACCAUGAUGAAAAGGUGCUUGCAGCACUAAAGGAGGUCGAGAGGGCGAUGGGAAAACACAAAGGAUAA